UUGAUCCCCUCCCCACUUUGUGCGUUCCACCAGGAUCAGCGUCUACCUAAGAUAUCCUCUCUCUUCAGAAAAAAACCGCAUUCUGGCUCGACACGUGUCACUUGCAAAUUUCAGGAGAGUGUGAAAAAGGGUGCAGCCACGGCUACUCAAGCGGCAGCACCGAAUCGAACCACAACGACUACAACCACUGCACCUCCCGUUUUACCUCGUCCGCCUCCACCACCAACUGAAACCGCAACAUUAGACAGGAGAGGUCGAGGAAGAGAUAAGAGAAAACUUGACACUCUCCCAGAGAAGCGAGAACGAUCUUUCUUCGGAGAAUUACGUGAUCGAAUCAGUGGUAGAAGGCGGAGUCAAACAAAGAUAGAUCUUCAUGGAGCUGAAAUCGAAGAAGCAGUCAGUUUACCCCCCAGUCGUGAUCCAAGUAGGACUCGAUACGCAGGUCCUGGUGGAGAGCCUCGAUAUCACGAAACCCAUUCAGUUGGAGGAAAAUCUGGUGAAUCCAGCAAAAGCCUCUAUCAGCACAGCACUCUGGUCCUUGAACUGGAACAUGACAAACAGCUGAAAUACUUCCUUAUCCCUCCGACAAUGUUAAAUGAGCCAGCAGCAUCAAGGCUCAUGCGACGAGGGAAGAAACUGCAUAUUUACAACGAGCACACAUUUGUAGCGGUGAAAAUUCGAGGGGGUAUCAACUGCAACGUCUGUCAACAACGGAUAAAACCAAGUUUUGCUAAACAGGGGUAUCAAUGUCGAGACUGUAAAUUGGUAUGCCACAAAUCAUGUCAUUAUAAAACCGAUGCAUUCUGUACGCAAAGUACCGUUUCCAAAUUGCAAAUAGCAAAAGAUGUCGAUUGGGCACAUUUCUUGAGCCACUAUCAACUGGAAGAGUUCAUUUCAAUCGACGGCGUCUGA